AUGUCUUCAUCUCAGAACCAGUCCAAGGAGCAAAAGAUUGCCGAAGUCCAGGCCAACCUGCCCCUGCCCGAACAGCCCCCCAAGGCAUCCGACUUCAACUCUGCAGACAUGCGCACCACGGGCGUGGGAUCCGGGCGCAUCAGCGGCAACGCGGGCUCAGAUGCGGGAGCCGAGGCGGGGCUGAGGGGCCCGGCGGUGAAGGCGAGCGAGGAGGUUGAUAUGAGUAAGAUUGGAAGGGAGGGGCUGGAGAAAUGA